UCUCCUAUUAGCUCCCGCGCCGUCAUCAUCAUCGAGUCCCUCAACUCACACUCCACGCCAUGCCUCAAGAAAUGCACAUUAAACCCGAACGCGCGCGCCAACUGCUCGAAAAUCUCAAAUAUGUAGCAGACCAAGUCGCCGCGGCAAACAAGUCGCAAAGACAGAUUCGCCUCAUAGCCGUCUCCAAACUUCAUCCCGCAUCCACGAUCCUCGCCCUGCACAACCCAGCCUCCCUCGACCCCUCUUCUCUUCCUGCGAGCGUCCCACCUGCUCACUUCCAUUUCGGCGAAAACUACCUCCAAGAACUUCAGCAGAAAGCAGACAUCCUACCCAAAACCAUACGCUGGCAUUUCAUUGGAGGUCUGCAGAGCAACAAGGCACGGCCACUGGCGGAAAGUGUAGAGAGCCUGUGGUGUGUGAGCAGCGUGGACAGCGCCAAGAAAGCCGACGGCCUAGAAAAGGGACGGCGGGCACUCGUAGAGCGCUUAGCGUCCGAGAAGGACGAGAAAUCAGGCGAGGAGGACAAAGAAAAGACGGAUCUCGACAAGCUGCGCGUGCACGUGCAAGUGAACACGUCUGGAGAAGCUGCCAAGAGCGGCGUCGAGCCUGCCGACACCGCUGCGCUCUGCAGACACAUUCGUGACAACUGUCCGCAUCUGCAGCUCCUUGGAUUGAUGACCAUCGGGGCUAUUGCGCGGAGUCAGAGCGCCAAGGAUGGAGAGGAGAAUGCGGAUUUUGUGUGUUUGAGGGAGACGAGGGAUCGUGUGGCGCAGGAGUUGGGUGUGCCAGAGGGCGAGCUCGAGUUGAGUAUGGGUAUGAGUGCGGAUUUUGAAGAGGCGAUUAGGCAGGGCAGUGGGGAGGUCAGGGUGGGCAGUACGAUUUUUGGGCAGAGGCCGCCGAAGGGGGAGGCGAAAGUCCUGGAUGAUGUUGAGGAGGGGAAGGAUUGAGGAAGUGGAUGUAGUGGCAGGAAUCUAUCUAGAAGGACUGUGCUGUCCAUGGAAUGACCAGGUGGGAAGUUGUCAGGUCGGACAUGAAGGGCGAAUGUAAGUCUUCAUUCGUAAGAAGUCCGUCCGCCUCCGACAAGAUAGCUCUCCCAACGCACGAGUAUGUAUGGAGAGAGCCAAGAUUUACCAAUGUAUAGACCGGCACAAAAGAAAAUCUGCGUCUACCUGUUCUCAAAGGAUAUAGAAAAGCCGUGCCAGCGUCAAAAGCUGCUAGAAGGCUUGAGUAGAGCAAUACACCUUAUACACGUAACAGAGAGGCUG